AUGGGCAAGGGCACAGACAAGUUAUACAUCACCCACUCGGAGUGGUCCUCGUCCGACGCCUACUCGGCGAGCGUCGGCGCCAACGCAUCAGGACGCGGCGGCUCCUCCUCCUCCGCCCUCUUCCGCCGCCUGCCCUUCAACUUCUGCGCCGCGUCCCUCCAGCCCUUCAAGAACCCCGUCUGCACCCCCGAUGGCACCAUCUUCGACGUCGAGGUCAUCGGCGCGUGGCUCGACAAGCACCCGAACCAGAACCCGGUGACGGGCGAGCCCCUGCACAAGAAGGACCUGAUACGGCUCAACUUUGCGCGCAACGCCGAGUCGGACUCGCUGGGCGCCGGGCUGAGCGACGGAAAGGGCGACCUCGUCGACCCCGUCACGUUCAAGGUCUUUACCGACAAUACGCACAUCGUCGCCGUGCGACAUGGCGCGUACGCGAAUGUCUUUGCGUGGGAGACGGUCGAGCGCAUGAAUAUCAAGCCCAAGAUGUGGCGCGACCUCGUCGACGAUGAGCCGUUUACGCGUGCCGAUGUCAUCACCCUGCAGGACCCGCAGAACGCCGCCAGCCGCAACCUCGACCAGUUCAAGUUCCUGCGCGACGGCGGCGAGGCCCAGCUCACGAAGGAGCAGGAGGAGGAGCGCAAGGCGGGGGGCGUCAACGCCAGCGCGCUGGGAAGCAUGGGCGACAAGGUGCUACGCGCGAGGGCAGCCGUAGAUAAGGCGCGAAAGGCGCGCGAGGCCGGCGGCGACGUCAACCGCAGUUCGUCCUCGGCGCUGGCCAAGCUGCCAGGCAAUGCCUCCUCAUCAUCAGCAGUGCCGCGGCAGAACAUGAUUCAGGAGAAGAAGCUCGCGGCCAACUCGGCAGCAUACACGACGGGCCGCGCGGCAGCCAGCUUCACCAGCACAGGGCUCACGCCCGAGACGAGCGGCGAGCGCGCGCUCCUCACAGACGAGGAGUUCAUGCUCAAGCCGCGGCGCGUCAAGACCAAGGGGUACGCGCGCAUGGAGACGAGCCUCGGCGACCUGACCAUCGAGCUGCAGACCGAGACGGCCCCGCGCGCCGUCUGGAACUUCAUCCGCCUCGCCCAAAAGGGCUACUACCGCGGCGUCGCCUUCCACCGCAACAUCCCCGGCUUCAUGAUCCAGGGCGGCGACCCCUCGGGCACGGGCAAGGGCGGCGCCAGCAUCUGGGGCAAGUACUUCAACGACGAGUUCGACGGGCCCCUGACGCACAACGCCCGCGGCAUCGUCUCCAUGGCCAACAAGGGCAAGAACACAAACUCGUCGCAGUUCUUCAUCACCUACAAGCCCACUCCGCACCUCGACCGCAAGCACACCAUCUUCGGCGUCAUACCCCCCAGCCCCUCCACCGACGCCGUCCUCGCCAAGAUGGAGGCCGUCCCCACCGACGGCUCCAACCGCCCCCUCAACAAGAUCCUCAUCAAGGACGUCGUCGUCCUCAUUGACCCUUUCGAGGAGUUCCAGGCCCAGCGCAAGGAGGAGGAGCGCCGCGCCGAGGAGCGCGAGCAGGUUCGCCGCCAGGGCGGCACCGAUGACGACCGGACAACGUGGACGGGCAAGCGCAUCAGGGGCGAUGGCACGAUUGAAAAUGGCAAGGGCAGUGAGGCUGUGGGCAAAUACCUCAAGGCUGCUGCCGUCGAGGCGAACGGGGCCGACGGCACAAACGCUGACGACGUCGACACUUGGGAGGAGCCCGUCAAGAAAAAGUUUAAAGGCGGGGGAUUUGGAAACUUUGACGGCUGGUGA